AUGAAACCCCUUCAUGUUCCUGACUGGGUUGUAAAACCAAGCCAGUUACCCAGGCAAUCCUCGCAAACAAACUCAUUCAUACAAAAAACGUCAAAAACCAUUUUCAACAUCCGAAAACAAAAUGGAGGAUUGAAUGAUGACGUCGGAGGAGCUCAUCCGUGCAUCCGGGAUGGAGAACUCUACGAGCUGCGCAACGAUGCCAAGCUGCGGGCUGUCUAUAGCACCCAGACCUACGAGGAAUUCAAGGACAUAGUAGACGCAGCUCAUCUUCGCCCAGUGUCCAGGAGCGAUAAGGCUAACGCGAAGACGAAGAACCGCCUUUGGAACUCGGCCGCCCGUGAUUGAUCAACUGACUAUUUGCCCAAUAAAGAAGAAAGCUCAGAGCUAUAA